UUUGCCACUGAGCUUGUAUCCGAUCGGAGGUAUUUUUCCGAACACGCAUUCCGUCCCAGUAAAACUUCCUGACAUUUCGGUCCGUGUGCCGCGAUUCUGAGAAGACUUAAAUCUUCAGUUACACGCAGCCUGUCGUCCGUCCACGUCGAUGGAAGAAGAAACCAGCUGACCUGAGUAUGGAGCUUUCAUCUUUGCUUCAUGACCUUCACCUCCUCCCCUCUUCCUCCUCAGAGAAGCCCCUCCCCUCUUCCUGUCUACCUCCAAUCACAGAGCUCCUGACUCAGCUGAGGGAGAAGUUAAUUGGCGCAUUUUCAGACUCUGAAACAAUUUCCCUGAUUGGUCGUGUGGAGCGUCUCUUCCAAACAGCAGAUGCCCAUUGGUUAUUCUCUCCAGCCCCCUCCAAUCAGGAUGAUGAGUGGGCGGAGCUUCAGGCUGCAUACAGCUCUGUGGUCAGUGCCUUGAUUGGUUGUGCGGCUCUGCCACUCUGUGAGGACGACUGCGGCUCUCUGCCUGCCGCAGCCUAUCGGAGCAUCCCGAGCCGUGCCGCAGCAGCGUGCUCCGCCCUCACCGCGCUGCUGGGAACUCUGGGAAACGGAGGCGAUCAGACUGGUCUGCUGCUGGCUGUAGCUCCACCCAUCUGUGUGUUCGCUGUCACGCAUUUUCAGGACCAGGUGUGGACCAGCUCCUCCUCCAGAGCGGCGGCUCAGAGCCUGCAGAAGGCGCUGCUGAGGGCGGGGGGCUGGAGAGACUCCCCCCACCUCCUGAUGGGGGAUGGGAGUAGGAGCGAGGAUGAGGAGGGGGGAGGAGAGAGCAGAGGGAUUCUGGGAGGAAUCCUGGAUGUCCUACAGCCUCAGCUGACCAAAGACUCCUGGCAGCGUUGUGAAGCAGUGAAGUUGGUGUUUGCAUGGACUCUCCUGCAGGUCACUCGCCCCUCUCUCUCCUGUUACCUGCUCCGCCUCCUCCCGCCCUCCCUCCUCUUCAAUGACCACUACAGACCAGAGAACUGCAUGCUGGGAAUUCGCUGUCUGCACCACAUAGUGCUCAACACACCUGCUGCUGAUCUCCGUCAGUUGAACAGAGCAGAAGUUCUCUACCAGGCGCUGAUCAAACACCUGUACACCACAGAGGCUGCUGUCAUACAGUCAGCCCUGUUGUGUCUCCUGGACGUGUUGCUGGUUUUGGAGAAGCCUCCGUCCUCGCUCGCCCCCUCCUCGCCCCGCAGGAAGCCCUGUCGCCAUGACGACGUGCUGCGUCUGGUUCUGACACACAUGGAGGCAGAGCAGAAAGUGGCGCUGCGACACGUCUACGCCUCCGCCCUGCCUCUGUUCAUAGACAGGAUGGGCGUAGCAGUGUGCAGACACCUGCAGCGGGUGGAGCGGGUGGUGCUGGGUUACCUGGAGAUCGGAGACCCACCUGAGGAGACGAGUCGACUGAAGAUGCUGGAGGUGUUGCAGAAAACCAUGAGAGCAGCCUGGCCCCGGAUGGCGUGUCGUGGUGACGUGUUGCUGCGUUGCCUGUUGAAGUUGCUGCUGGACGUUUCCUCAGACUCUCAGCUCAGUGAUCCCGUCAGACAGAAGCUGACGAAUCAAACGGCUCUCUGCCUCAGACUGCUGGACGGCUGCUCACAUGGAAACCUGCAGCCUCUCCUCCAGCAGGUCGACAGCAGCUGUUGCAGCUCUGAGGUGCUCCGUUGCCUAGCGACUGUAUGAGGAUAGAGAGGUGAUGCAGCACACCUGGAACAACAGGAUGUCAGACUCUAAGAGACGCCAUGGCAGGGCGGAGCAGCUGCUUCUUCCUUCAUCAUCCACAGAGCAUCAGCAAAAAAUAUGUUUUACAGGUUUUCCUGAAGGAAAGACGUUUGAGUGCUUUGUGUUGUGUUCACAGACCUCAGGAAUAUUAACUUGGUUUAUGUCUUUGGUAGUGCUAAUGCUAACAUUAUUGCUGCAUUCGGGCCACGUGGGAGUUACUGUAAUAAUCAGAAAUCUGACGUGGUCCUGGAGAAAACUGAAGGCACUUCGCUCUGUGCAGCAGGUCCAUAAACCAGUUUGUUGUCCCAGUAAAGAUGGGCCUGUGGAGCAGGGCUACAGCGUCCGAACAGCUUCUGAUACUCAGAUAUGUCCUGGAGACUGCGAUCAUAUCCUUCAGCUUUCAACGGCCGAAAACGUGUUUGUUUCUCAGGUGAAGGACUGAGUUUCUGUCUUUAACUCAGUGUGGGUCACGACUGUUCUCAGAAAAUAAGACAAAUCAGAGUCCAGUGCACGAAGAGCUCGGUGAACUGAACAUCAGUCAGCUUGUGAGUGUGACAGCUGAGAGUCCAGCUGGUCCAGUCUGAGUUUCAGUCCCACUAAACUGUCUUCAGUCUCCAGCCGUCUCUCCUCCAGCGCCUCCUGCUGGUUCCACAAACUGCAGCGCAGGCGAGCCUCAACAGCAGAAAGACAGACACAGUUAGUCCAGAAGUUAGCCUGGCUUAGCACCAGCAGAGGGAAGCAGCCAAUCAGUGGCUGCCAGCCUCCACGCUGUCAUCACUUCCUGCUUCUCUCUGUGUCGUUUAUUCUGUUCUUGUUAACAAUUAAACACAGUUUACCUUCA